AUGGAUAACAUACCAAUCAUUGUUGCAGCAGGUGGAUCAGGUGCUGCAGGCAACUGCCCAGGAGCUCCAGGAGGAAACCUUGAUAAUGCAUACAAAUAUAAAUCAGGAAAUGUCUUAACAAGCGCAGAUAUUCCUCCUGAUUCACAAUGUGAUACAACUGUUGAAAUAUAUAGAAGUGAAAUUCCACCAAGUGGCUAUGGAGGUGGAUAUCCAUGCGGAAUAAAAGGUUAUGGAUCAACAAUUUCACUUUCAUAUUUGGCUGUUUCAACAAGUGGGAUGCCAUAUAUCAACGAAAAUAAUAUGAGACUUGUUUCUAUGAGUGAUGGAACUACAUCAUCCGGAAGAAUCGGUAACGGCGAAAUAAGAAUUUCUAUCUAUUGCUCAGAUGCAAAUUGCGAAAAUUGUGUUGAAAACAAAAACUAUUGUUCUCAUUGUAAAGAAGGUUACCGCGUGAAUUCUAAAGGAACUUGUGAAUAUAUCUGUGAUGGUGUUAUUCAAGAUGAUGUUUGCAAAGAUAAUUGUGAUUCUGGAUAUUAUGAAGAUGAGAAUAAAAAAUGCAUCAGACAGGAAGUUCAAAUCAAUAUUCCAAAAACACGCCUUUUUAAAAGAAAAAUACCAAGACUGAAGUUUUUCCUUAUAAAUUUGAAAACUCAUGUAACUAGUAAUAGGAAUCAUACCUUAACCUAA